AUGGCCCAUCAAGCUGAAAGAUUGCCUUGGCAAACUUUGGCUUCAGUCUUUGACUUGAAGCCUACCAACCCCUGUCAGCACGAUGCUCUCAACCUGCAUCCACGAGAUGAACCAGAGACAUCACAAAAGUUAUCCAAAUUUCUUGACGCCUUCUUCAAAACUGCGUCUUUGGAUGCGCGACGAGAGCGCGAGAAAUACCCUGAAAAAUACGACCCUCUCGACGCUGGCAUCUUUUUGAGGAGCAUGACUGGUGAAGAACAAGACGAAAGUAUACGAAUGCAGUACGACAAUCCUCCAGAGAAUCAAGUUAUUUUGACGGACAAAUUGGUCGAUAAGAUCACACCAAAAGUCCGACGCUGGUAUCCCAAAGAUAAAGAUGGCUCUGUAUCAGCCAAAUUCGAGCAAGGACUACUAUGCCCGCAUGUCAAUGAUUCUGACAAGUGCGAAUGCGUACUGCCACUCAAAGAGCGUCAACUCGCGGCGUUCCAACGAGAUUACUAUCCGAACGAUUGUUUCCAGUUCUAUGCGCAAAACGGCGAGGCGUAUGACAAUCUGAAAUUCGUCAAGGCAUUGAUACUCCUCGGAGAAAUGGACCCCAUACUACAAGUCUGCUCAUCCGAUGAGUGUUAUCUGCAUAAAUGGUGGGAAAAUGGUCCAUGCAUGUGUGAGGGUUUCGAUCUGGGAUGGAAUAUGAUAUGCAAGUAUGCUGUCAUAAUGUAUCUAAAUCUCAACAUCCUCUACUGCUUUCCGGAAACGUGGCAGACGGACGACGGUUCACCUAUCGACGACUACCGCAACCUCGCGUCAUACCAGAGGGCCAUACGGCUUUGUACGAUAUCCACAGGGUGCGAGAUCGCGACAUAUCCUCACAGAGACGUAUUUGGCAUCCAAGACGAGCAAUUCAGGCUCUGGCCAAGGCCAUACGACAUAUCUCGGUGGAAGCAUACUCUCAAGGUAGAUGAUUCCUAUGUGUCCCGGAUGCGUGACAGGAAUCCCGAAUGGGACAUAGACUCCGAGCCCCUCAACCCUUAUGCCUACAAGUUGAACUUCUACCCAUACGGACUAAUGACCUACGACGAGUUUCUCAACUUUGAGAAACCAGUCUCUUAUCAACCUCAUCUAAACGACGUCCCUCACGUCCGAUGGAUGAUUGAUCAAACGGGCCUACCAGCAGAGCUAGCCGACGAUAUUUUCUCAAGGGCAGAAUAUAUCCCUACACGAAGUCUACCUGUUGACGGGAAGCCACUUCAUCCUGAAAACAAGGCUGAGCUGGAUCGUUAUCUUGAGGAAUGCUGGCAACUCAUUGUUCGGUGUUUUAUGCUUUGUUUCGAACUAGAGAACGAGGAUGUGGAUUUUGAGAGGGACAUACGACGACUGUUCAAGAAUUGCCUUCAGGAGGUCUUCAGGUGUGAUUGUAAGAACAACGUUGAAAUGUUUUAUGAUUUUGAUGGUCAGUAUUGA